AGCGACGAAGCUGAAAAUCAUGGUAAACAAUACGGUCGUGCAAGUUUUUCAUCACUGGCCAGACAGCAACGUCUAUAAGAUUACGUCACGGAACGAUACCAAUAUUGGAUAUUAAAAAGCUUAAAUAUUGAUACAGGUGUCAAAAGCAUCGCCAUGGUGAAGUAUAGGCCUGUGUGUUAUAGAGACUGAAAACCAAGUAGACCGUAAGGAUAAUGGAGACGAGUGUGUUCCUUGGGGAGGUUGAUAACGAUGAUGAAGAGCAGGAUUAUAUGAACCCGGCACUGCAGAAGCGCCGAGGGGCGACCAUCAUGGACGUGUUGCCGCCUCCCCCACCGCUGCCAGCGAAAGCUCUUGUCAAGACCCACAGCAGCAGCUCGACAGAGGGAAGCGAUGAAUAUUCCCAAGAUGAAGGCAGCGAGCAGGAGGAUGACCUAGCCAAAUAUCGUCCCGAGGUGAGCGAGGACGUCGGCGGGCCCAGUGAUCCAGAGAAAGCUGAGGACGCCAAGCCUAGUGGUGCGAUGGAUGAGGAGGGAGAUGAGGCGGUGAGGGAAAGGGGCAGACGGAGGUCGUCAGUCAUCCAAAAUGUACUGCCUCUCAACACACCUCCUCUACUACAUGACAGUGCAGCGCGGAGACGGGCGCUUCUGUGUGCUCGAACGCCACUGGAGAGAUUUCGCGCCAUCGCCAAUACCAUCAAGCACAACUUGAAAUGGGCCAAGAUGCUGGCCGCCUCCAAGCAGGAAGGAGAGCAGAAAUCUCAAUUCACGGUGCAACAAGAAGAUGGCAAAGAUACCAGUCUGACGUUCAACGUGAAUGCCUUCAAGGCGAACGUGCAGUCCGUGACCACCCUGCCGGCCGCAGUCAAGCUGACCAUGCGCAAAAACCCCUGGGAGCGAUCCCCCGAAGACCUGGCUUACAUCUUCAGUUUCGUCGACAAGCUGAAAUGCUUCGACCGUUACUCCAGUACCGUCAAACAAGAGCUAUCAUGUGUGCUACAUUACGAGUCGUUCGAGGACGGCAGGGUCAUCGUUAAGCAGGGGCAUCCAGGGCUGUCAUUCUACUUCAUCCUGUCCGGGGCUGUCACGGUGGAGGUUACGGAAGAGGACAAGAGGACAGGUGAACGCAAUACGCAUAUAAUGGGCGAGCAUACAGCAGGAUCGUCAUUCGGCGAGUUGGCGCUGCUUCACGGAUCGAAGCGGACGGCCACAAUUAUCUGUAAAGGAGACGCAGAGUUCCUCGUUCUGGACAAGCCUGACUUCGACCAGGUUCUGCGGCGGAGCUACCAGCAGGAGUGGGAAACUCGCAUGAGCGCACUGCGGUCGCUGGCGGCGUUUGGCCAGUGGUCAGAAGAGGAGCUUAGCGCCACCAACGACAGAGCAAAACUAGUGGAAUUCCCGCCAAACACGCCCAUAAUCAGCAACCUCGCUCAGGCGCCCGACGACAUCUACUUCAUCAAGUCUGGUACCUGCAAGGUCGUGCGUGAGGUGACGCUGCUCCAAAGCUGCCUACCUUUUGGCCACACUAAGCUCUCCCUGCCACCACUGGAUGCUGACCACAAAGUGCUGGACUCUUUCAAGCCGGAGAAAUACCAGCGCCUGAGCCGCAAGCUGCUGCAUAUCGCUAAUAUCGGCAAGGGCAAAUUCUUCGGAGUCGGGGAAGACCUCCGACGCACCCACAUCAUCUCGGCGGGCAAGGUGGAGUGCAUCCUGGUGUCUCGUGUCUCCUUCAUGCGGCAUGACCGGGGCAAGUCCCUGGAGUGCAUGCAGCAGACGGUGGAGCAGCUCUACCCGUCCUACGAGGAGACCUUCACCAGUUACCUGCAGGACAAGCGCUGGCGGGCCUACAAGCACGGCCUGGUCCAGGAGCUGGCGUUCCGCCGCAACAUCCCCAACAACACCACCCUGGACGACGUGCCGCUCAUCCUUCGCAGAGACGAUAAAAUCUAGCACCGCCGAGGCCUCGUCCUCAACU